AGAGAAGUCUACUGACCUUGUGCGAGAAGCAGGCCACCCAAGAAGGCCUAAUUCCUGUACCUUUUAUCCGUGUCUGCACGUAGCGCACCCUUUCUCACUUUCUCUUGCUCGCGAUGUCGUACGUAAACGUCUCCGGGCUGUCCACCAGCAACGAGGACGAUGCACUUCAGCGUCUCCUCUCCUCUAGCGGCAGCACCGGCGGCUCGCCCAGCGCGUUCCUCGAUGCCAUGCGCAAAACACAGGCGGAGAACGUUUUCGAUAGCGAGGAGGUCGACAAACCGGCGAUAGAAGUGGCAGCACCUCGACAGCAAUGGGCCGAGAAGAACGCAAGGGCUGCUGAGAAGCCCAAAGAGAACGCUGUCUCGUUGCGGGAACCAAAAAAGAUUUCUUCCGUGUCCACUCCGUCGCCGUCUGUGCAGCUCGCCACCACCAGCGGGCAGGCGUCCAGCUUCAAGGCAAACAAUCCCACCGAUGCCGACGCCCUCCCACCGUUGGCGGAGCUCAUUCAUCCAAAGCUGCGCCGCCCGCUAAUGGGCAUCAUGAAGAUUGAAUCGCUGACACGCAUCCAAAAACUCUGCUGGACUGCCAUGCUGGACAGCAGCUGCGACGUGCUGGUGCGUAGCGAGACGGGCAGUGGCAAAACGCUCGCCUACGCCCUCCCCACCCUCCAUCAGCUCCUCACGCACUGUGACACCAACCCGAUCGGACGCGACGUUGGAACGCUCAUCAUCAUCAUGUGCCCUACACGUGAGUUGGUGCUGCAGGUGACGGAGACGGUGACCACAUUGGCGCGCAAUGCGCAGUUCAUUACUGUCGGCGGCAUUCACGGUGGUGAAAACCGGCACAAGGAGAAGGCGCGACUGCGCAAAGGCAUGCCAAUCCUGGUCACCACGCCUGGCCGGCUGCUGGACCACCUCAAGACGACGGCGUCCUUCAACAUCGCCAACGCGCAGACCGUCAUCAUGGACGAGGCAGAUCGGCUGCUGGACAUGGGCUUUGAGAAGGCGCUGCGGGAGAUAAUGGAACUGCUGGCGAAGAAGUGCAAGCACUAUGCGAACGUGAAGCGCAUCCUCGUCUCGGCCACCAUCACAGACGGCGUGGAGCGGCUUUCGCACUUCGCCCUGCGCGAAAACAUCGCAAGAAUUGGCGAGACCCAAGACACCUUUUCCAUUCCCUCUACCCUCAAUCAACACUACGUCAUGGUGCCGGUGAAGCAUCGCCUCGCUGUGUUGCUCAGCUUCCUGCGCUCCCAGCUCGACGCCGGCGCGCACAAGAUCAUCGUCUUCCUCUCCACCGCGGACAGCGCGGAGUUUCUCUACCUGCUCGCGUCUCGUCUGGAGUCUCCGUUUCAUAAGAAGUCGUACGAGGGGAAGGUGGUCACGCGCUCACGCAGCGCGCCGAUGAGCACGAAGAAAAUGGUGGCGGCAGCGAACCGCCACCUCGAGGGCGAGACGGACGAAGUAGUGACCUUUGAGGAAGCCAGUGAUGAAGAGCCGGAGAAGGAGGACGCGGUGGACAACACCGCGGCGCUGCAGCGCGCCUUCUUGGAUGUCAACGUCUUUAAGUUACACGGUAACAUGUCCCAGGUGGACCGUGCAGCCGUGUUUCACGCCUUCAAGUUUGGAGCUGCCGGCGCACGUAGCGAUAAAGCCGUCCUUUUUUGCACCGAUGUGGCGGCACGCGGGCUGGACAUGCCGAAGAUUGACUGGAUUGUGCACUACGACCCUCCCACGGACCCGACCAGCUACGUACACCGCAUCGGGCGUACGGCGCGUAUCGGCAACAGCGGUGACUCCAUUUUAUUUCUCGCGCCCGACGAACUCGGCUACGCGUCGUACCUUACGCAUUUUAUUCACGCGCAGCUCACGCAGGGCGACGCCAAAGAGACGGCCGAGAUGUCCGAGCGGAAGCAUGAGACGUUCCUCUUCUACCUAACCAAGUUAGACCCCAAGUCGAAUCACAUGUGGAUUCAAAGCACAGCCGACCUCGAGCGAGCCAUCUCGCGGCUCGUCAUGCAACACAGUCGCGAGCGUGGGGUGGACGGCAAAGACAGUCUGUACCGCGUGGCACUUUUCGCCUAUCAGUCCUACGUGCGUGCUUACGCAGGCCUCCCGAAGCAAAUUAAGUCUCUCUUCUUCUCCACCGUGCUUCAUCUCGGCCACGUGGCGCAGAGCUUCGGCAUUGACAAGAGCCCGUCAGACGUGCAGCGCGAAUUGCAGUCCUUCAUCCGCGAGGACCGCGUGUUGGCCCGUGACAAUCGUAAAGGCACCGUGGUCAACUCCCACGACGAGGAGGGCACGAAUAGGAAGCGGCAGCGCGUCGAACUGGAUCAUGAGAGCCGCUAUCACAGCAUGCUGGCGCAGAAGCAACGCAAGCUGACCCGCGACUGGGCGGAGAAGAGACGUGAAGAGAGCACAAAGAUCCGGCCGCUACAGUUCUCGGAGUUUGACGCCUAG